AUAAAGCACAACGAAUGCAAAAAUGAAUGGCUCCGGCGAAAAAAGUGAUGGAUGCAAAGAGUAAUGCUUUUGGGUUUGGACAGUAUGCAAUAUAGCAUUGGUUUUGAGAAACCAUUUUCAACGUGUACGCCUAAUAUCCAAGUAUAACGACCAUAUCAUUUUGUUUAGUGACCCAAACUUCCACAUUUCAUUUUUAUUAUUAUAAAAUUGUUGAUAUUUAAACAGUCUCUCUUAUAUGACAUUUGGCACAAGACAUACAACCUAGGCCUACUGCAGCCUGAAUAUAAAGAUUCAUAAAAUAUUUGUAAUUGCAGGCUAGAUGAUAUAUGGAAGAAUUAACUGCUUAAACAAUUUCCGCCAUGUCCUUUAACUUUUUUGAAUACUCUUAACUAUUUAUUGCAUGGCUUUUAUCUGCUUGGGGAUGAUGUCUCUCAUAACAUAUAAAGAUUAUUACCUGUUACAUCUGAUGGCACCGUGAGGGAAAAGGAUUUAGGAUAAUCUGCUUUUUCCCAGAUUGUUUAUCUGGACCGGUGUGUGUGUGUGUGUGUGUGUGUGUGUGUGUGUGUGUGGUCAGGGGGGCACUGUAUCAAAUUAUCUAUUUUCAUUUUUUUUCAAACACUAUGUAGUGUAUUAGUGACGCCUAAUGGGGCCUGCGCACUCAGAAAUAGUUCAUAUGAGGAAUUAAUCCCUGAGUCUUCUUGAAUUUAUGGCACCACCAGUCGGGUCAGUGCUUAAAUCCUCUAUUUGUUUGACAGUUUUAAUAUCUUGUUUUUUUGGGGGACACAGUUGUGGCAAAUCAAUGAAAAUAAAGUGAUAUCAUCUCUUAUAGACGGGACCCAAAUGUACUCAACAAAUGCUAAUAACCCAUGUUACAAACACAGCCCAGGAUGCUGCUGGAACAACGCCCAGUGGGCGUGCAGAGGCAGCAGCUCAGUCGUUCGGGUCGCAGGUUGAGAGUCAGUGUGACAGGUGGAGGGGAGGCUGACAUGAGUCUGCUGUAGAUCAUGUGCAGCCGGUCGCUUCUGGACAUUUCAGCUUUUAGGUUCCAGCGACUUUAUGAAGCGAGAGUCACCCGGUGGAGCAGUCUUCUCUAAAGACGGAGCAGUGAGGGGGACGCCACGAUGCUGCGGCAGGCUGCGUCCAAAACCCGCAGACAUGCUCUCCGGGGAGCUGGCUACCUCUUUCCUACCCAAUCCUCCUCCUGCCUCUCCCUGGCUGAGGAGCUUUUCUUAGACGCCGCAGAAUACGGCAACAAUCCUGAAGUGAGGCGGAUGCUGGAGGAGAUGCCAGACCUCAAUGUCAACUGUGUGAACUACAUGGGUCAAAGUGCAUUACAGCUGGCGGUGGCCAAUGAGCAUUUAGAGGUGACGAAGCUACUGCUCAGGAAGAAAGACCUCGCUAGAGUAGGAGAUGCUUUGCUGUUGGCCAUUAGUAGAGGCUACGUCCGCAUAGUGGAGGCCCUGCUGAGCCACCGGGCCUUCACAGACAGUCAGAGGCUCACUUACAGCCCGGGCCAGGCGGAGACACAAGACGACUUCUUUGCCUAUGACGAGGAUGGCACGCGGUUCUCCCACGACAUCACUCCCAUCGUGCUGGCCUCCCAGUGCAAUGAGUAUGAAAUUGUGCAUAUACUUCUCACGAAGGGCGCCCGCAUAGAGCGGCCGCACGACUACUUCUGCCAGUGCAGGACCUGCAGCGAGCAGCAGAGGCACGACGCUUUCAGCCAUUCACAAUCCCGGAUCAAUGCAUACAAAGGUCUGGCCAGUCCGGCACACCUGUCCCUUUCCAGUGAAGACCCCGUGAUGGCGGCUCUGGAGCUGAGCAACGAGCUUGCCGUUCUAGCCAACAUUGAGAAGGAGUUCAAGAAUGAUUACAAGAAACUGUCCAUGCAGUGUAAAGACUUUGUGGUCGGACUCCUGGAUUUGUGUCGGAACACGGAGGAAGUGGAGGCCAUCUUGAACGGGGACACGGAUGUUUCCUGUCAAAGCUCCGAACCCUUUGGCAGACAAAACCUUAUCAGGUUAAAACUUGCAAUAAAAUAUGAAGUCAAAAAGUUUGUAGCUCACCCGAACUGUCAGCAGCAACUCCUCUACAUCUGGUAUGAGAAUUUUUCUGGACUACAUCAGCAAAACACAGCAGUGAAAAUCCUACUUGUCCUUGGCGUAGCUGUUGGGUUGCCUGUCCUGGCCUUUAUGUACUGGAUAGCACCGUCAAGUAAGCUGGGGAAACUCAUGCGCGGGCCUUUCCUGAAGUUUGUGGCCCAUGCAGCUUCCUUCAUGAUAUUCCUUUGCCUGCUGGUCCUGAACGCAGCAGACCGUUUUGAGGGAACGUCACUGCUCCCCAACAUGACCAUCCACGACCACCCUUCGCAGCUGUUUCGCAUGAAGACCACGCCCUUCACCUGGAUGGAGAUUCUCAUCAUAUCCUGGGUCAUAGGAAAGAUCUGGGAAGAAUGUAAAGAUAUUUGGUCGCAGGAUAUCCGGGAAUACAUCUCAGAACCUUGGAAUCUUCUCGACUUUAGUAUUUUGGCCAUAUUCAUGACCUCUUUCAUUGCCAGAUUAAUGGCUUUCUGGCAUGCAUAUUCUGCCCAGUGUUAUGUUGACAAGCACCAUACUGACCUGUCCGACAUGACCUUGCCCUUUGAGAUUCGAUAUUUCCAGCUGGCACGAAUCAACUGGAUGCCCUCAGACCCGCAGCUUAUUUCUGAAGGCCUCUAUGCAAUUGCAGUUGUGCUGAGUUUCUCUCGCAUUGCCUACAUCCUGCCUGCCAACGAGAGCUUCGGGCCCUUGCAGAUCUCUCUGGGAAGGACAAUGAAAGACAUCUUUAAGUUCAUGGUGAUUUUCAUAACAGUGUUUGUGGCCUUCAUGGUUGGAAUGUUCAAUCUGUACUCGUACUACCGCGGAGCCAAGCACAACGAUGCAUUUACAACGCUGGAGGAGAGCUUCAAAACAUUGUUUUGGGCCAUCUUCGGCUUGUCAGAAGUGAAGUCCGUGGUCAUUAAUAUCGACCAUAAGUUCAUCGAGAACACUGGCUAUGUUCUGUAUGGGGUGUACAACAUCAUCAUGGUGAUUGUCUUGCUGAAUAUGCUCAUUGCCAUGUUCAACAGCUCCUUCCAAGAAAUUGAGGAUGAUGCCGAUGUUGAGUGGAAGUUUGCCAGAGCGAAGCUCUGGUUCUCGUACUUUGAGCACGGCGGCACGCUUCCCGUGCCCUUCAAUCUUGUACCCAGCCCUAAGUCUGUCAUUUCCCUCUUGCUCGGGAUAAGGGAAUUUCUCUGGGCUGCACCUCAGGGCAAAAACAAAGAAAAUCCAAAGGAUGAGAUGGAGCUUAACAAGUUGAGGCAACAGGAAGAUCUGAGUGUGGAAGCAUCACUUUGUCCAACCCGCCACCAAAAGAUCAUGAAUCGCCUCAUCAAAAGAUACAUCGUAAAAGCACAACGAGACAAAGACAACGACGAAGUGAACGAAGGUGAGCUGAAAGAUAUUAAACAAGACAUCUCCAGUCUCCGCUAUGAGCUGCUGGAGCGGGAGAACCAUGAGGCCGAGGCCCUGAAGGGGCUCAUCAGGCGACUGGGAGAAGUCGCGCGUUUUCAGCAGAAAGAGCAGUAGAGGCACAAGCUGACUAUACGUUGUGUAACAAAUGUGAAUAUUAGAGAUGUUUUUUGCUGGACACACUGCACUCUUCUCAUUAUUGUGGAAUUCAGCUUGGAUCGAAAGGUCCUUAUGGGCACAGACUUUGUUAUAAAUUAGCUUACAAAAAAAAUGCAUAUUCUGUAUUUUAAAUAUGAAAACCUUGCCUUAGUGUAGUAUCCAAUUCUCUUUGUUCCGGUCCCUGUACAGUACAGAUAACCACAUGGUGGCACCAAUGGAACUUUUUUCUUCUUCUUUUCUUGUUGCACAGGCUCUGUUUGCUUAACAUAUACUACUGGCUGCUAACAAUAUGAUGUUUAUAUGCUUAGAUUUAAGGGUGAUUUUUAAUCUUGAGUAGAAAGCAGUUCAGAUAAAAAGGAAACAUAUAUGUGGAUGUGUCAGUGAUAGUUUCAUAAGUCAUCUGUACGUAACAUAAAAACAAAUGAAUGCUUGUUGAUAACGAGUCUCGGAGCUAUCUGUGACUCAAUUAUUAUGAAAUGAGAUAUGAAAUAUCUCUUUUCUUUCUGUGAUGUAACCUUUCAAUCAUCAAUUCUUUUUAUACAACACAUUUAUUUGUUAAUUUUUUUUAAUGUUGUGAUUUAUUUGACGCGUUGAUCACUAAAGUUUAAUGGACCAAAUUAAAAUCUAAUGAAUAUUUUCAA